AAGUGCCCGGCGGUUAUGGUUGGCCUGGGGUCGGAGAUGGUGGGCGGCGGCGGGGCUAGUGUUGGCCUCCUGGAGAACGCUAACCCCCUCAUCUACCAGCGCUCUGGGGAGCGUCCCGUGACGGCGGGCGAGGAGGACGAGGAGUUUCCCGACAGCAUCGACGCACGCGAGAUCUUCGAUCUUAUUCGCUCCAUCAACGACCCAGAGCAUCCACUGACGCUAGAGGAAUUAAACGUAGUAGAGCAAGUCCAGGUGCAGGUUAGCAAACCAGAGAACACAGUGCCCGUGGUCUUCAAGCCCACCAUUCUGCACUGCAUUCACGCCCACCAUUCCACCCUCAUUGGCCUGUCCAUCAGGGUCAAGCUUCUGCGCUCUCUUCCCCAGCAUUUCAAGAUGGAUGUGCACGUUACACUGGGGACUGUGCCUUGGAGCAUGUAUAUAAGUGUAGGCUGGUGUGAACCAGUGAACAAGCAGCUUGUGGAUAAGGAGUGGGUGGCAGCUGCCCUGGAGAACACCCCUGUGCUGGAGGUUGUGAAUCAGUGCCUGUCAUCACGCUCCUUAGCCUGGCUUUUGACCCCCAGCCUGCACACUGGUGUCCUGGUCCCAGCUCCACCCAGGGCUCAUAGCCUUGUUUUCUUGAAUCGCUGACAAUGAGAAACUAACAUUUUGUAGUUUGUAAUACACCCUUAAUUUAUAUUCAUUUCCCAGCAUGGCUUAGCAUUUUUCAUGGAGUUUGGGAGGGGGUAGUGGUUGUGAGUGCCUGUGCAGG